UCCGUAGGGUCUCAAUUGGAAGGGAGUCAGCAGCAUAAAGCGCUGACGUUACGAGAAUAUUAUUACCUCAUACCUCGUCGAAAAUUCUUACACUUAUUUAAAGGAGUUCAAUGAUAGAUAUCAUUAAAUGCUCAUUCGUUAAGCCUUAGGAUGAUACUGUUCUUGGCUAUUGUUUUUUGGGGGUUGCAGUUUUAAGAUUGACGUCGCUGUUCUCGCUUGAAGACGAAGGAGAUUCCCCUGGCAGAUUUUUUGCUAGCAGUACCAAAAGAUGUCUCAAGAUACUGCAGCUACCCCAGCAUUGCCUCAGCUUAUUGCUAAUUCUAAUAUGCCAUUUGGUAUGGGAUAUUCAUUUCCAGUUAUCCAUCAACCCAUGGGGCAGUUUAUUCCUAUGAGUAUGGUACCCUUUGAUAGCAAUACCAUACAACAUUACAUGGAGUUUGCAACCAAAAGUGGCUUUCAUCCUGCUAUGAUUGCACCAAUGUUUGGACCUGCCACGUGCACUGUAACCCCACCAAACAUGUUAUUGAAUCACAGUGGAGAUAAUGGCAACUCAUCACCAGGAAUAACUGAUAAUCAGACCCAAAUUAUGGAUCAGGAUUCCAGUAGUCUCGUAUCUGGGCAUGACAUGAUGACGACUACAAGUUCAUCAAAUAUUCAUUCCAUAGGAAGUGACAAAACUCCACAACCACAAAUGCCUUCCAUGUUUUUUCUUCCAUUUGCUCCAGCUGGUUUAACUGGAUAUUUUCCAAAUUAUCCAGCUUUCAAUGUUAUAACAGCUUCCACAAAGAAUAAUGAAAUUUCCCAAGAAGGAGGUAACCCUCCACAAAAGUUAGCUGAUGAACAAGAUGUUUUGUUGCCUAGCAAGUCUGAAGAAAAAAAUUCUGAUGAGUUGGACGUGGCCAGGAUUCUUAUUGAUAUGCAAGUACCAGUAGUAAAGCAAGAUGUACGAUCUUCAGUGGCAUUAACAUCAGGAUGCAAUCAAGACUCAAAUGAAGCAAGAAGCAUAUCCAAUCAAAAUGCAAGCUCUGAAGAUGUUAUAAGGUCACCUUUAGCUCCUACUGAUAUUUACCCCAGGACAAUAUGCCAUAGUGGUUUUGAUGGGCCUGUCACAUCCUCACUAUUUCAGAACUGCAGUGAGCAAAUCCAGAAUGAUGAACAACUAGAAGAAACUACUUCAAAUGAUUAUGUAAUAAAUGAACUUGAUGUACAAACGAGUGAAAAUAUCAAGCUAAAAGAUUCGUCAGAUCCCAAUGAUCAAGUUAAACCUGAAGGAUUGCAGUUAGAAAAUGUAAGGUCGGAAGAACCAGGUGGUGUAAAAUUGGAAGUUGUUAGUGAAGGUGAAAGCAAUCAACCAGGACAGUCUAUGGAUAUCACAGGUCAUGAACAGCUACCAAUGCCGGUAUCAAAUCAUGUAAAAAUAGUAGAUAUAGCAUAUGACUCAUUAGAGCAGAAACCAGUUGAAACUUGCCAAGGCCAGAAUCUAUUGGAAUUGAAAAGCAUCAAAAGUGAAGUGAUGGAUGUCACUUCAGUUACAAAUCCUGCUGCAAAAUCAACAGUUGUUUCCAAAGAAAGUUCAAAAUGUUUUACAUCUGAUGAUUUUGUAUCUUUGCCAGAUUAUCAUGAACAAAUCAAUGCUGAUCCUGAAGGCAAAGAUGCUUUAAAGCAUGCAUCUCCAAAAGAAGGAAAAGAUGAAGAUGAUUUAGAAAAAGAUGUAAAUUAUGAAGCAACUGGUGAGGAAUCUGUUACUGAAGAAAAUGAUGUACCUAAAAAGACUUAUAAAUGUGAUGUUUGCUCUCAGCUGUUCAGAAGCCCUCUUGGGCUACAGAAACACAUGGAGUUUCAUAUGGAUGAUGGUAAAAACUUCACUUGUACCAUAUGUUUCAUGCAUUUUUGUAAUGACAAUGCAUUACAAGACCAUCAUGAAAAACACAUGCGGAAACGACCUCACAAGUGUGAAUUUUGUCCCAAAGCCUUUAGAGAUCCUGGUUCACUUCAGAAGCAUGUACGGGUUCACACAGGAGAGAAGCCAUACAAAUGUAAAGACUGUCCUAGGUCAUUUGCAGAGUAUAGUUCUUUACGAAAGCAUCAAAGGGUCCACACAGGAGAACAGCCAUACAAAUGUCAGUAUUGUUCAAAGGCAUUCUCUAUAUCUGGUAAUCUGCAGAGGCACAUUUUGAUUCAUACAGGAGAGAGGCCCUACAAGUGUACUUUCUGCACAAAGGCGUUUAAUAACCCUAGUCACUUGCGGAGACAUGUUAAAAACCUCCACUUUAACAAAGGAGAUGCUGCAAUUGACGAGGCCAUGCUGAGUCACUAUGGAAACACAGCUGCUACAAAGAAUGCUUACAAUGAAUCUCCUCCUGUAAUCAAAGAAAACGAAGAAACAAUGAAACAGGAAACCAAACAUGUGAAUAAUAUUGGACCUCAACUAGUCAAUAAUGAUAGUCUUGAACCUGAAUCAAGAAAUGUAGUAAUUCAAGCUUUAUAGGGAACAUCUUUUACUGAAACCAUACAAGGAUAUCAUCCACAGUAAGGCCUGCCAUAUAAUAGCUAUGAGGGUGCUUUUGCAUUAUAAAAUUUAAAAUUAAAAAUUAAAAUAAGCUUUA